AUGGAAUAUGAAAAUAUAUUCAAAGGUGCAGAUAAAUUUGUAAGACAUUUAUUACAUCAAUAUUUUCCAAAAAGCGAUGGGACAGAUACCGAUAUUCUUACUCUAGUUUUUUUACAAAAAUUAGAAUAUAACAAAAUUCGAAAUUUGUCAUUACAAAAUGAUAAGAUAUACAAAGGGUGGAAAAAUUUUCUUAAUGAUUUACCAUUUUCAAGCACUGAAUUAGUUUUACGACCAGAAGAAAAGUAUUCAUACUUAAUUUUUCCAAUUUUUUUUAUUAGUUAUCUGUGCGUUACUAACGAUAUAAGAACAAUACAAUUAUUUAGUUUUAUAUUUGAAUAUAGAUUUUGGCGUUGGAAAAUGUAUAAAAAGUACAUACUUAAACAAAGAACCGAUUUUAGAAAAAAAAUGAAAGUUGGUCCACAUUUUGAUCAACUUGGUCGCUUCCCAGUUACUGGAGAAGAUAUGCGCUUGUAUCGUUAAUCUAUUCAAGCUGUUAAAAACAAUACAUUCAUAUAAGAAGAGGUCGAAUGAAUAAUUAAAUUAU